AGGUCGCGGCGCAGUGCAUCCUGGGUUGGCGUAGCCAUGGCGGCUCGUGUCCUUUCCGCCUGUGUCCGCCGCCUGCCCACGGCCUUCGCGCCCAAGCUCCGGCUUCCCACACUGGCCUUAGCCCGGCCGCUCAGCACCACUCUUUGCCCUGAGGGAACCCGGAGAAGGCCCGGGACUCUGCAGCCCUCCUUGGCGCUCACGCAGGUGCCUGGAAGGGUCACACACUUGUGCCGUCAGUACAGUGACGCACCCCCUUUGACGUUAGAGGGAAUCAAGGACCGAGUGCUGUAUGUCUUGAAACUCUAUGACAAGAUUGACCCAGAAAAGCUCUCAGUAAAUUCUCAUUUUAUGAAGGACCUGGGCUUAGACAGUUUGGACCAAGUGGAGAUUAUUAUGGCCAUGGAAGACGAAUUUGGGUUUGAAAUUCCUGACAUAGAUGCAGAGAAGUUAAUGUGUCCACAAGAAAUUGUAGAUUACAUUGCAGAUAAGAAGGACGUAUAUGAAUAAAGUAUCAGAGCCUUCUUCCUCAUCAGGAGGACUCCAAGAACACCCGAUGGCAUCAUGGCUGACUGACAGCGGUUCUGUUGGACUUGUAUUUAAAUUGUCUUGAGUGUUUUACCCUUUAAAAAUAAAUCUAUUAUAAAACUGA